CAUAAGCGGAACAAUAUAUGUCAUGCAUAUAAUAACACCCUGCAAAGAGACAACAGAAACUUCAUUUCAUCAGACUGCAUGGUUCAGAUAGCAAAAAUAAUAUUAUAUAAUUUGUAUUCAACUAUUUUUAAUCGGGAUAUAAUUGGACAAUAGUUGCCAUUAUUUCGCAGUAUUCCGAGGUAGAAUAACGUUCGCAGUUGUGACCUUUAUCAGCUGCCCCUAUACACCAUGAAUGCUGCUAGUGCUGUGGCUUUUGCGCUGAUUCUCGUCUUACUUCCCAUGGUGAUUCUGUCCGCCGCGGUGCGGCCGGUAUCUGAUGAAGGCGUGGGGAAACUGCUACCAGAGAACAUCGAUGUCAAAGGCGAUAUUGACGCAUUUAACAUGCUCUCUGACCUGAGUGACCCGGCAUAUUACCGACUGCGCAGUGUGGGCAUGAAGCGUGAUCCAUUUGCCGAGUAUGGACACUUCCGGUUCGGGAAACGGGCGCCGGCUUCCUUUGCCGACUACGGACAUCUGCGAUUCGGCAAGAGAAGAGGUCCCAAAACGGCCAGCUUUGCCGACUACGGUCAUCUGCGUUUUGGGCGAUCGGUGGAUGAAUCAGAAAUCUACAAGCAGGAUUUCGAUGAUAUCAAUGAUUUUGAGUAAGACUGAUGGCUGGUUGCAGUUAUUUGCUAUAAAUGGUUUGUGAUGCCAAGAAUGCGGUAUAUAGCAGCUGUAAUACGUAUACCGUUGUGCUGUAACAUUAUCAGGUGUGAAUCUGAACAACUUAAUUUGUAGUUUGCGUUUUAACUGGUAACGAGAGCUCACAUAUGUCUUACUCUGAGUCUCUGAGUACAGGGUUUUCGCGACAGAUAAUUUAAGCUGUUAUACGAAAAUGUUGUACAAAUGUGUUGUAAGAAAAUGUGGUGGAUUAAAGGUGUUUGUACUCGUA